AUGGAGAACAAAGCCAUGUACCUUCACACCUUCAGUGAGAGGGAGAACGGCUCCAUCUUCGAGGAGCCCUUCGAGGGGAGGAACCUCUCCAAACUGAACCUCUGCGAGGACGGUCCCGGGCGGAGGAUGAAGGCAGCAGGACGCUGCGGCCGGUUGGGCUCCUUGGCGGCGCUGAAGUAUGCCGUGGUGGGACUCUACCUCCUCGUCUUCCUCAUCCUCGUCGGGGUCUUCAUCCUCUCAGUUUCCAGGCCACAGACAUCUCCUGAGGACCUGAAGGCACUGAUGGGGAACGUCAACCGCCUCAACGAGAGCUUUCGGGACAUGCAGCUGAAGCUGCUGCACCUACCUCUGAAGGGGGAUGUGCUGGAUCACAUCUGGAGGCUCCAGGACCUCCUGCAGAACCACUCGGACUCCUUGUUCCUCAUGACGGGGUCACUGCAGAAGCUGGAAGGGCUUCUCUGGAGCCUGCAAACCCAGGCCAGCCAAACUGACAAGGCAGUGUCCAACCUCUGGGACAGCUUGACCCAGCAGAGCGACGCGGCUCAGCAGGAGAUGUACAAGCUCUCUGUGGAAGGCAACAGCAGCCGGCUGCUGCUGCAGCACCACGACCACCUCCUGAGCCACCUGGGCAACAGGGUGGAGAGCCUGAGCGACCAGGUGACGGCCGUGAGCGGGGCCGUGGACACCAUGAACCGGACCUUCUCCUACGACGUGAACAUCCACCAUACCCGCAUCCAGGACCUGCAGGUGCUGAUCAGCAAUGCCACCGAAGAUGCCCGGCAGAUGCGUCUCAUCCACAUAGCCAUGGAAGAGCAGCUGAAGCAUGAGUUGGCCAUCCUCAACAACGUGACGGAGGACCUGCGGCUGAAGGACUGGGAGCACUCCGUCGCGUUGAAGAACAUCUCCGUGAUACAGGGGCCACCAGGACCCAAAGGAGACCAAGGCAAUGAAGGGAUGGAGGGUGAACCUGGUCUUCCUGGCCUGCCUGGGCUGCGAGGGCUUCCUGGGGAGAGAGGACCACCAGGACCACGUGGCUUGAAAGGGGACCAAGGAGACCUUGGCCCUCCAGGUCCAGUGGGGAUGCGGGGAUUCAAAGGUGACCGAGGCCCGAAGGGAGAGAAGGGGGACCGAGGUGGUGGCACAGCCACCACCACCGAGGAGGGGAUGAUUCGGCUGGUGAACGGCUCCGGCUCCCACGAGGGACGGGUGGAGGUCUUCUACGACCGGCGUUGGGGCACGGUGUGCGACGAUGGCUGGGACAAGAAGGACGGAGACGUGGUGUGCCGGAUGCUGGGCUUCCGAGGCGCCGAGGAGGUGUACCGCAUGGCCCGGUUCGGCCAAGGCACGGGGAGGAUCUGGAUGGACGACGUCUCCUGCAAGGGGACAGAGGACAGCCUUCUGCGCUGCAGCUUCUCCAGCUGGGGCAAGACCAACUGCGGCCACGCCGAGGACGCCGGCGUGAAAUGCCUGACGCCGUGA